AUGGACAUCUGCAUUCUAGAAAGGGAAACCUUAUCAAAGAAAUCCUUCUUAGAUUCAAUCUUGGGUUCAUUGGUGAUCGAAGUGUUGAAAGAUGAGGGUGAGAAAGGAGCCAAAUGUUGCCCAAUCUACUUUUACUUUGGCAAAUAUGGCAUAUACGACAUUUAUCUUGUCAGAGGCAAAGUGAUCGAAACUACCGGUUUUAGGAAUCAAGUUUUGAGCAAUGAUUCUAGCAAUGAGUUUGGCAAUUGGAUUGAAAGAAUUGUUGUUCAUAGGAUAAGAGAAGCUGGGUUUAAACAUGAGUUGGUUUACAGCCGGAUCACCAAGCUUAAUAGACAUGAGAUCAAUGUCACCUGUUGGGAUUUUAAGAAUCCCCACAAGUUCGUUGGCAGAAAAGAUGUUAGCGUGCUUUCGGCGUCCAGCGGGGAGCCUGUGCUUUUUAGGGAUUUGUGGGAUCAAGAGGACGAGGGAAUUGCUGUGGUUGCACUUCUGAGGCAUUUUGGAUGUCCUUGCUGCUGGGAACUUGCUUCCGUCUUGAAAGAGUCAAAGCCGAGAUUUGAUGCAUCUGGUGUGAAAUUGAUUGCUGUUGGUGUUGGUACUCCCAAUAAAGCUCGUUUACUUGCAGAACGACUACCAUUUCCGCUGGAUUGUCUUUAUGCAGACCCAGAUCGCAAGGCGUAUGACCUCUUGGGCUUAUAUUAUGGUUUUGCACGCACUUUUCUCAAUCCUGCCAGUACAAAAGUGUUUUCAAGUUCAAGAUUUGAGUCUCUGAAGAAAGCGGUAAAGAACUACACAAUUGAAGCUACCCCAGAUGAUAGAAGUGGUGUCCUGCAACAGGGUGGGAUGUUUGUGUUUAAAGGGAAGCAGUUGUUGUUUGCAAGGAAAGAUGAAGGGACAGGUGAUCAUGCAUCUUUAGAUGAAAUCCUCAACAUUUGCUGUAAAGUUCCAGUUGCUUGAUACGAGAUUUUUUACCAUAUAGUUACAUGAAAAGGAAGCAUUUGUAUUGUAAUAUUGGCUACUGUUAAUCAGCUUUUCUUUCUUGAACAAAAUAGUGAUAUACAAAUAAUUUUCUGUAGAUAAGUGAAUUAUAACUGCACUUGGGCAAGCUUUGUUUGUUCAAAAUGUUGUUCAUAAA